UUGAUCUGGGACCGAUACGGAAGCUCAUGAGCUGGGAAUGCUUCGACUGGUGGUGCCAUGAUUUGAUGAUUGUAGUUGAUUGACUGAGCUGAGAGCACGCCUUGCCAUAGACGCUAGGAACGAGGGAGAUGGCCACGAUUACGUCUUCGACGGAAAUACUUGGUGGUAGACUUCUGAGAGAGAUUGGUGCUGAGGAAGGAAGUUUGGAAGAUCUACUGAGAUCUCUCCGACAAACCUCCCUCCCCAAUCCGUCAAAGACAGGCAUCCAAACUCUUGACACAUUCUGGUCCCAUAAUGGCGGAAAACUCUCUGUCACGGGUCGUGGACUUCCCUUCCUCUAUCAACUUCUGACUUCUCUUCUCUUGAAUCUUCACGGCACAGUUGCUCUUCUUGAUCUCACAGCCCGCUUCUCGCCGUCUCACGUCUCUGUCCCCUCCUCUGAGCUCCAGCACAUUCAUGUAUUUCAGCCCACGCCAUCUAAUCUGAAAGUCACCUUAGAGAGUGUGGAGAAGUACAUGUUAUACAGCGAGCAUGGCAGUAAAGGCAGAGAGUGGGUUGGCACUAUAGUCUUAGGCGGUAAUGGAGGGGAUAUUAAUAUUGGAUGGAGAGGCUGGUUGAGAGUUGAGAAGGAAGAGGUUACUAAGUUCGGGGAUGGAGUUGGGGUUGAAGAGGCCUGGGGAGAGAAGGGAAUGAGGCAGAGGCAGGAAGUAGUGGAUAAGGUGGGAUGGAGAGCAGAGUGUGAAAUUUGGUGAUUAUUGCUGGAAGUAGGACGAUGAUGGGCUGUUACUGAAAUCUGAGCAUCAUCUAUGACUUUCAUGGAGAGCUCUCAAAGGUAGCUAUCUAGAAAUAAAAUACCCGGGCUUCCUUACCUCUAGUAGGAUCAUAAGUGUAAGCAAAGAUGUGACCUUCUGCUAAGGGAAGGUGGCUAUUGAAGACGGAACAUGGCCGAGGGUGUUUGCUUGUUCAGGUACGAAUACACAUCAAUUUACUUGAGACAACGCUCUUUGUAAGCGCCGAGUU